AUGAAUCCCCAUAAUCAUCAGUUUGAAGCACAGAGGAAGAAAGAUAACGCUGAAUCCAUGGCAGACCGUAGCGUGAUGCCUCGAGUGGAGCCCUACGAUGCCGUACACUCGGCCGAUCUUGACGACGGCGAGAAGUUUCUUGCUGGUGCGAUCAGAAGGCGAGGAGAGAAUUCCAAAUUACCGCCAAUGUGUUUGCGUUAUGGACAUAUCCUGGCUGAUAAUCAGCCUCCCGACGCCACUUCCGAGAAGCAACAAGAUCUUUAUUGUUCGCCUGAAGUCGAUGGCGAAGUCCUCGGCGGCCAAGAGAACGAACACGGCGAACGUGUUUUCGAAAUAUACUUUUCCCAAGAUAACCAUGAUUAUCUCGUCAAAUUAGCUUUUGGUCCAGUGAAUGAAUUAUCUGAUGAAGAUUCGCAGCAAGAAGAAGGAGAAUUAGAAAGCGAUUUCUACAGCGACGAUGGAGAAGAAACUUACGAAGAUUACGAGAACGAUGAUUAUGAUGAAGAAACUUUCGAAGAUGAACAGAGCGACAACGACGAAGAACUUACCGGUAAUCGCGUUUGUGAAUUAUAUUUUCCAGGAGAUUGUUACUAUGUCGUCCGAUUAGUUUUUGAGAAAGAAGAAGACGACGACAGGUUUCUUGAGGAAGAAGAUGAGUUUCUUUUCAAAAAACUGCAGCGAGCAGCCGGAAUUUCAUACGGCGGAGAUGAAGUUCCGGCAAUCGAGAACAAAUCCUUCAGUGAUCUACCGGAAAUUGUAUCGGAGAAUUCACGGAAACUGAUGGAAUUAAAAAUCGAAGACCGUGAUGAUAUUAGAAUCGAGUAUCCAGAAACGGCAAAUGAAAUAAAAAAUGGAAUUGAUGAAGAUCAGUCGUCUGGUACUUUUGUCGAUCCUCUGAUGAUAUUAGAACAACAGAAUCAUCUAAUAGCACGGAUUGUGUGUGAUCAUCUGCAGCUUCAUUCUUCCGCCUGA